CGAGAGCGGCUCGGCCGGGUGCCGGGGGCGAACGCAGGCGGCUGCUCGGGGAGCGGGCCCCUCUAGCUCGCCCUCUCGUUCUCUCUUUAGCAACAUGGCGGGCGUGGAGGCGGCGCAGGCGGCGGCCUCUGAGAGGCAUCUGAACGGUGAGCUGGAGCCGGACGACAAGGACGACGGCGCGGCCUCCACGGCCGAGGAGACGGCCAAGAAGAAGCGCCGCAAGAAGAAGAAGGGCAAGGCCGGGACUGCAGGACAACAGGAAAUGGAGGGAGAAUCGGGGACUUCAGUGGAUGAGGUAGCCAAACAGCUGGAAAAACAGGCCUUGGAGGACAAAGAAAAAGAGGAUGACGAUGAAGAUGGAGAUGGUGAUGGAGAUGGAGCAGCAGGAAAGAAGAAGAAAAAGAAGAAGAAAAAGAAAGGACCGAAGGUACAGACAGACCCACCCUCAGUUCCUAUAUGUGACCUGUAUCCCAGUGGUGUAUUUCCAAAAGGCCAAGAAUGCGAGUACCCCUCAACACAAGAUGGGCGAACAGCAGCUUGGAGAACCACCAGUGAAGAAAAGAAAGCCUUAGACCAGGCCAGUGAAGAGAUCUGGAAUGAUUUUCGGGAAGCUGCGGAGGCACAUAGACAAGUGAGAAAGUAUGUGAUGAGCUGGAUCAAGCCUGGGAUGACAAUGAUAGAAAUCUGUGAAAAACUGGAAGAUUGCUCCCGUAAGCUAAUAAAAGAGAAUGGCCUGAAUGCUGGCCUUGCCUUCCCCACAGGCUGCUCCCUCAAUAACUGUGCAGCCCACUAUACUCCCAAUGCUGGAGAUCCCACAGUCUUGCAGUAUGACGACAUAUGCAAGAUAGAUUUUGGAACACACAUCAGCGGUAGGAUUAUCGAUUGUGCUUUUACUGUCACUUUCAACCCCAAAUAUGACACAUUGUUAAAGGCUGUAAAAGAUGCUACUAACACUGGAAUAAAGUGUGCUGGAAUUGAUGUUCGUCUUUGUGACGUUGGUGAAGCUAUCCAAGAAGUUAUGGAAUCUUAUGAAGUUGAAAUUGAUGGAAAAACAUAUCAAGUGAAGCCCAUUCGAAACCUCAAUGGACAUUCAAUUGGGCCAUAUAGAAUCCAUGCUGGGAAAACAGUGCCCAUUGUGAAAGGAGGAGAAGCGACAAGAAUGGAGGAAGGUGAAGUAUAUGCGAUAGAAACCUUUGGUAGUACAGGAAAAGGUGUGGUGCAUGAUGAUAUGGAAUGUUCACAUUAUAUGAAAAAUUUUGAUGUUGGACAUGUCCCAAUAAGACUUCCAAGAGCAAAACACUUGUUAAAUGUCAUCAAUGAAAACUUUGGCACUCUGGCCUUCUGCCGCAGGUGGCUAGAUCGCCUAGGAGAAAGUAAAUAUCUAAUGGCUCUCAAGAAUCUGUGUGACUUGGGGAUUGUGGAUCCCUAUCCCCCUUUAUGUGACAUCAAAGGCUCCUAUACAGCACAAUUUGAGCACACCAUCCUCUUACGCCCGACAUGUAAAGAAGUUGUCAGCAGAGGAGAUGACUAUUAAAUAUAACCCGAGGCCACCUCAAGCAGCUUUAUCUAGGCUUUGUUGGAAUACAUUAUACCAGAAAUAAUUUGCAACAAACAUAAUUGUCUGUUUUUAACAAGUGGACCUCUGUAAUACUUUUCCCAUGUGUGAAAAGGAAGGAAUUCAAAGGCAAGUCUCCUAAUGUAACUAACGAAGGAAAAAGCUUUCAGGGCUUUAGAGAGAUUUCACAAAUGUUAAACUUCAAUAUUUUCUGUUCAGGAAAACAUGCUAUGGAAGCUUCAAUUUUUAGUUUGGAAUGAGUUAUACAUUUUGUUUUGAACAUUUAUUAUAAAAGAUGCUUUUCAGAUAUUUAUAUUACCAUAUUCCUUGAAUGCUUUGAAUGAACACCCAAUUCUACUACACUUAAUUAAGCCCUCUGGUAUAUUGCCUUUUAAAACUUCCUGGAUUCCAUUUUGUAAAAAAUAAAGACAAAUUUUCAGAUCUAA